AUGUCACCGUUAAACCACCUCCGCCUCGCUCCCCUGACCGAAGAAGAUGACAUCCGUCGUGUCGCUGCGAUGGAAGCUGCUUCUUAUCCCGCUGACGAAGCGGCUACUGAGUCGGGCAUACGAUUCCGACAGAAAAACGCCGGUCCGUUCUUCUGGGUAUCCUACCUCCCCAAAGACGACCAAGAAUCCGAGACCCUCGUAGGCUUUGUCAACGGCACAUUGACAGCCAAAUAUCAGCUAGAUGGCGAAUCCAUGAGUCGACACGACCCACACGGAUCGCUGCUUUGUAUCCACUCGGUGGUGGUGAAUCAGACCUUUAGACGUCGGGGACUCGCCACGCAGCUACUCAAGCGAUACGUGGAAGUCAUUCUGGACUCGCAGCCUCACGUGAAGCGCAUCAUGCUCAUCUCCAAGGCCAAUUUAGUUGGCUUCUAUGUGAAUUGCGGGUUCUCCGUGACGCGACUGUCGCCGGUUGUGCACGGCCAAGAUCCGUGGCUCGAACUGUCGUUGGACUGCGAGAAAGCGAGACUACCGCCACUGAUUCAGGUGGACGCAUUUUCCAGCGAGCCUUUUCAGGGCAACCCGGCGGCUGUGGUGUUGCUCACUUCUGCAGUGUACCACAAGGCAGGGGCUUCAGAAUGGAUGCAGCGUGUGGCGAUAGAGAACAACCUGAGUGAAACAGCUUAUGCUGCUCCUCGCGCACGUACUUCCCAGACUGCUAAUGACGUCGUCGAGUACGAUCUGCGGUGGUUUACUCCAGGCACUGAGGUGAAACUGUGUGGACAUGCCACUCUGUCGACGGCUUUUGCAUUACACGAUGCAGGUCACGUGACUUUGAGCCAAACGCUUCACUUCCACACGUUGAGUGGGGUGUUGGUCUGUCGUUUUGAGGUGCAGAGUGAGUCGCAGAAGGUGCACGUGCUGAUGGACUUCCCGGAACAACCCACGACGCCUGCAGGGCCUACUGUGGUAUUAAAGGAGCUGGCCUCUGCGCUAGGCAUUCAGCCAAAUGUCAUCGUUGACGUGAAGCGAGCGACCACAGAUCUACUCGUUCGUGUGACAUCUGAAGGCUUCACGACGCUCGUGCCGGAUUUUGUGCAACUGGCCAAGUAUGACGCACGCGGUGUCGCUGUUACUGCUAAAGCGCCCGCCGAUAAUGCGUUGGACGUGGACAUCCAAAGCCGGUUCUUUGCUCCUCGUGGUGGGGUGAACGAAGAUCCGGUCACGGGUAGUGCGCAUUGCGCCUUUGGGCCGUACUGGGCCCCACUACUCGAGAAGACGACUAUCAAAGCACAGCAAUUCACCCCUGUUCGAGGUGGAUACAUCACAUUGGACCUCGUGGCGGCUGGACCGGGUCGCGUUCUAUUGAAGGGCGAAGGGGUUAUCGUCCUGCGUGGUCAGCUGUCUUCAUCGCCGUAA